UAAUGUUAAAAAACAAAAAUAAAAUCAAUUGAGGCAGUGGAACUGUAGAAGUACGUAGUGGUCUUUAUUUUUUAAGCUUUGUAUAUAGGGUGAACAUUUAAUAAUAGUGAACCAUUAAUUCUUGCAUUACAAUUAAGGAUUUCACAACAAAAUAAUAGCUCAUAUUCUCCAUCACACAAGUACACAACUAAAAAAACAACAAAUAAAACAUUUACUAAUACAACGUCACCAACACGAGUAGCAAAUUAGUAACAAGUGUAACAUUUGUUUAAGCCUUUAAAAUGUCAUAUUCUAGUUUAACAAAAGUACUAAUUAUAGUGUCACAUAAUAUAAUACUCCUUAAUAAUAAUAUAAAUAAUUAAAUAAUAAUAUAUUAAAGUGAGGUUCCAUUAUGAAAACUUGAAGCAAAGCCAAUUAAUCCCCUUUAAUAAUAAAAUAUUAUAUCCUCCAUUUUCACCUCCUCAAAAGCACGAAAAGUUUCAUACCGCCAUACCUUCUCAGUCAAGAAAGCAUUUUUCUUUUCUGUAUAUUUAACACCCCAUUGAACCUCCUUCAACUUUCUCUCUCCUCUUUAUUGAACUUCAUCUUCUUUGAAUUUCUCCCAAAAAAAUUUCAAUUCAAACACCCUUUUCCUCAAUUCAUAAACCCCCAUAAUUUCCUGUUUCUUACACCAACUUUUUUCAUUCAGACAUUUCAUCAAACACUUGGUAGACAGCCCACUUUUCUCAAAUCUGGGCUUAAAAAUGCUGGAGCUCCAAGUAGACACCACAAAAUCCGAACCCGAACCCGCAUCCACCAGCUCCGGCGGAGGAAACAGUAAUAGUGGCGGCGGAAGACGGCCCAGAGGCCGGCCCGCGGGCUCAAAAAACAAGCCCAAACCACCCAUUAUCAUAACCCGAGACAGCCCAAAUGCUCUAAGAUCCCACGUUCUAGAAGUUUCUCCGGGUUCGGAUGUGGUAGAAUCCGUGACCCAUUUCGCAACCCGAAGAGGAAGAGGAGUUUGCGUGUUUUCCGGCACCGGAGCUGUCACCAAUGUCAAUCUCCGGCAACCAGCGGCGCCGGCGGGAAGUGUGAUGACAUUACAUGGAAGGUUCGAGAUUCUUUCGAUUACCGGGACCGCUUUACCACCGCCUGCCCCACCGGCAGGCGGGCUGACCAUAUUUUUGGCGGGCGGGCAGGGGCAGGUGGUGGGCGGAAGUGUGGUGGGCCCGUUAAUGGCUUCCGGGCCGGUUGUUUUAAUGGCGGCUUCUUUUGCUAAUGCUGUUUUUGAUAGGUUACCAUUGGAAGAAGGGGAGGAAAGAGAAAUCGGAAAUAAUACUAAUACUACUACUAAUAAUAGUAAUAGUAAUCCGGUGGCGCAAUUGCAGCCACCGCUGCAACAAGUGCACCAUCAGCAGCAGCCGACGGCUUCGCAGUCGUCGGGUGUUACGGGGAGUGUGGGACCCCUAGAAGGAGGAGGGAACUUCUCGAGUUUCGGUGGCGGGGGUGGUGGUGGAGAUGGACAAGGUGGGAAUGAUGUAUUUGGAUGGAGGUCACAGUUUUAGGUUAAUCGUGUUUUUGAGUUUCUAAGGUAUUUAGCCGGAUAUUGAUAGUCAAAGGUAAGUGUCGAAGGUGGUGGAAGUGAUGGUGAGCUCCCAAGCUGAGGUACAAAUUUUGUGUACAAAAAUGAAUGAUCAAAAACUUGUGCAAUCUGUAGAACUAAGAAAUAGUCACUCUCCAUUUUUUUUUUUCUUUGAGCCUUUUAAUUUUCAUGGAAUUGUAUUUUGCACAAUUGCAUGUAGUGAGGAGUGACUUUAAUUUGGGGUGUUACUUUUAUAAUUAUUAUUAUUUAUUUUCGACUAAUUUGUAGAUUUUUUUUCUAAUGAAUUAUGAAAAUUUGUUGAUCAUGCAAAGGUUUGGCCACUACGUAUAUUUUUUUGUAACUAAUACACGAAUUAUAUAAUACAAUCUCCUUAAAUUCUAACUAUAUAUAAAUACUUUCUAGGUUCUACUAUAGUUGUUUACUGGAUCAAUGAAUAGGAGACAUUAUUUCCAACGGUUGGGCCAAUAUGUAUUAUAGAACUCAGAAUCAAACAAACAAUGUUUUUGUCAUUAAUUCAUUAACUAAUUUAAGAUGUUUCUUCUAUGUAGACAUUUUAUGUCAAUUUGAGUUCAUUUAUUGAUUUUCUUGCCCAUAGUAAUAUUGAAUACACUUGUAUAAAUAGAUGUCUCCCAGACAUUAUUAGUGUUUUGAGUUUUGUAGUAUAGUUUUUUUAAGCUAAGUAGAAGGUUUUGUCUUGUGUGUUUUGUUGCAUUGUAUUGCUGUUUUAGUUAUAUGAAU